AUGGCACCCGACGGUCCCCACGCGGAGGACCACCCGGACAAAGUGAUGCCCGGAGCGGCGGCGCCCCCCUGCACGUGUGGCAAGAAGUGCCGGGGUCGCAGCGGCGGCAGCGCGGUGUUCCUGGGGGUCUUCCUGCUGUCGCUCACCCUGCACGCCGUCACCCUGCUCUGCUACCUGGACCUGCGAUCCGAGGUCAAGCGGGAGAUUAUCCACCAGAAGCGGGACUCCGUGCUGACCCUUAGCGGGGCUGAAGACCCGGCUGACCCGGCUGCUGACCCGGGUCACCCGGCUGCUGACCCGGCUGACCCGGCGGCGGUGCUCUCACUCAGCCCCCCGCGGCCGGACUCCGGCGGCAGAGGAGCAGCAGCAGGAGGACGAGGACGAGGAGAGGGUCAUGAGGAGAGGUUACUGCACAGAAAUAGCGACUUCCGUGCCACAAAGGAUAACAGGGAUAUAAUUCAGCGUGCGAAAAGGAGUCCCGGCAAGCCUCCAGAUUCAGAUUCGAAUGGAGGGAGAAGGAAAGAGAGGAAAAAAGGGAGGAAAAGGUCUGUGCCAGGCCCCCCUGGCCCCCCCGGUCCCCCAGGCCCACAGGGCCCACCGGGCAUCCCUGGAAUACCUGGUAUUCCAGGAAACAUUGGUAUGGGGCCUGCAGGACCUCCUGGACCUCCAGGGCCACAGGGACCUCCGGGCGCUCAAGGUCCAGCAGGGGUUCAGGAUAAAACUAAAACAAAGGAAUUCCAGCCUGCAGUGGUUCACUUGCAAGGGCAGGAAACGACCAUCCAAGUGAGAGAAGAUCUGUCUGAAGGCAUCCUUAGGAACUGGAAGAUGGUGUCCAUCCACCACCGUGUGUUUAAAAUGCACCCUCGCUCUGGAGAGCUGGAGGUGCUGGUGGACGGUAUCUACUUCAUAUAUAGUCAGGUAGAAGUGUACUACCUCAACUUCACUGACAUUGCCAGCUAUGAGGUGAUGGUGGACUCCAACCCGUUCCUCCGGUGCACGUGCAGCAUUGAGACGGGCCAGCGCAAAUUCAACACCUGCUACACGGCGGGAGUGAGUCUGCUCCGCGCCGGCCAGAGGAUUUCCAUACGUAUAGUGUACGAGGACACACUCAUCAGCAUGACCAACCACACCACCUUCCUGGGAAGUGUCAGACUUGGAGAGGCUCCAUCUGCUGGACAGAACUGAUAACUACACAGCCACCAGGCCUCUUACGGAGAAGAAAGAAACGUUGCUCACAACGGACAAAUCAGUCCAGAGACACACUGUCCUCUCUUCCUUCUUGAUCUAGGAUUAAUGAAUUGACAAGAUCUGUUUUAAAAGCAACUACUAGUCCACCUGUUGCCCCUGUUUACAGGGCACUUAACUCCCACUAGGUUAUUAAAGUUCAGGAAGCCCCUGGCUGACUUUAGUUCACUUUCACAGUUCUGUAUUAAAAAGGACAGUUUAGACUGUUAUGCUUCACCUCACCUUGAUUCUGUGCAAAGAGCAUCAGGCUUGAUGAGCCAAGUGUCCUUAUCAGACAAAAGUAUAUUUAUAGUUGCCAUGUUGUCUCCAGACAGACCGCAUCUCUCUUUAGGAAUGACACUGCGCUGAGAGAUAUUUAAUAUUUACAACCUUUGAGUGCUGUUGAAUGAUAAUCUUGUAUCUCCAAAAAUGACAUCUAACCAUCUGUUUGAAAUAUUUUCAUUGCAGUUUGUACACCUUUUUUAAUAAAUGUAAUUCUAUCAGCAGUUGUAAGUGGGUGGUUUAACAGGGGUUUCUAAGUUCCAUAUGCUCCUGGGUUAUAAAAAAAAUAACGAGAAGAUCAUAUAAAUGAUCAAAGCAAGUACAAAGUUGCUGAGAAAAUCCAUUAAAACUGGAGUUAUAAGGUUUUCACAGAGCAACAGCACUAUAUAUUUUGCGCACAUUUGCACUACAGCAUCCCUGCAGAAUAUCAGUGAUAUGUUUUGUUACAGUGCUAUUGUUUAGUUACCAUAUGAAUGAAUCCAUGUGGACAAAUUAUAAUUGUUUAUACGUCU